AUGUGCCUGGUUGGCGCGACCGAAUCCCACUAUGGGGCCACGACUUUUAUGUUCGUAGUGGAGAACGACCGCAUGUGCCGUGAGUCCGCGGUCUCCAUCGGCGAGGGUGGGCGCGUCUCAGCGAAGGCGAUGCAGAGACCCGUCCCGGCAGCAGUUAUCCAACGGCGUACCAGGCAGAGCCUCGUCUCGACGAUGCCGGCGCAGUGUUUCAUCCGACCAUCCAUCCAGCGGAGUCCGCGGUACGCUGUGCACUCGGCACAAGUGCACAGCGCCCUCACCUGGUUUAGCCCGCCGGUCGCGACGGUUGCCCGGGGUGUGGCCGCUGAGCAGAGCCCAACUACGUGGAGCCACAGGUGAGAGUUGGGUGCCAGCAAAUGGACGCUAGGUGUAGUCUUACCUGCAAGCAAGUGAGCGACCACUACGACCAUCACGUGAACCUACCGCUGGACACCCCUACACCCCCCUCUGAAGCUCUACGAUACAACGGAUGUUCCGAUCAACCACCGGCGCAUGUGGUGGUAUCAUUUAGUUAAUGAGGCAAGUGCAGUGCUGUGUGUCUUUCGUUGCACCGUCAUUACCGUUAUCAACUACGUCCUUAAGUCUUAUCCCAACCUACUUGGACUCGACUGGAUCAGACAACUAGGCUUGAGCGAUAUGCCAUUCCGCGUUGUUUGCAAUCAGAUGUAGUUUCAGCUGUGCCUGCAGGUCCCACCAUGGACACUCUGCGACGGUUCUUCCCGGUGCUUCCAGACGGCUUGGGUUGCUUUACAUACAUUCAAGCUGUGUUACGUCUGUGAUCCUGAAGUCUACCAGUCUUCCGUCGAAAGAGACCAGUAUGCAGCCUUUCCACUUGUUGGUGUUGAAUUAAAAUUUCUGGAGGGACUGGGGGUUCUGAUAUCUGUAUCCUACCCCACCAGAGCUGAUCAAAUCGAUGUGGUUAAGAAGCCAAAUAAUUGGAUUUGCUUUUGUGCUGACAUCUCUUCUGGUCGCAGUGCCACGCCAUCGCCAAACUACUGUUCACUGCCAGUUGCAGCUGAUCUGUUCAUUGUGCUGAUUGGCGGCACUUGUGUGGCCAAUCUGGAUCUGGCUGACGCGUACUUGCAGAUCGAAGUCGCCAACGAUCGACACCCACCGAGGCCUGUUCCAGUCCACCAGGCUGUCGUUGGGUGUCAAGGCCAUCCCGGCUCUGUCCCAACAAACAAUUAA